GGCUUGAGGGUGGUCAGGGAAGGCGCGCGCGUCCAGGAUCUGCUGUCCGCUUUCAGGCGUGCGUCCUGUCCUGGAGUUGUGCGGAGUCACAACCACAGACAGUAGGAUAGUCGAGUCCUUGGUCUCAGCACCCCGGCCCAGCUGUGUUUAAGGGCAACACUUCUGCCCUGGCCAGCCUCGCGUGGCCCUUAAGAGUCCGAGUUCCUGGAAGGGCCCAUUAUGGAGCCGCCUCGAGGAUGACCUGGUGAUUCAUCCGCCUUAGUGUUUUGAAGAGGGAUGAAGGGACACCACCCGGGUACCAGGGUGUCAUGGAAGGGCUGCUGACGAGAUGCAGAACACUGUCUGCCUUGGCCACCUGCAGCCGCCAGCACUCCAGGUAUGUUACCCACAAGUGUCACCAUUGCCCACCAGGGAGACAGCAACGCUUGGUAUUAUCCCGCAUGUUCCAGCCUCAGAAUCUUCGGGAAGACCAGGUGCUCUCUCUGGAGGGCAGAGCUGGAGAGUUGACCUGUAAGAGUCAGCGGCUGAUGCUACAAGUGGGUCUGAUCCUCCCAGCAAGUCCUGGCUGUUACCACCUCAUGCCCUACACAGUUCGUGCUAUGGAGAAGCUUGUGAGGGUAAUAGACCAGGAGAUGCAGGCCAUUGGGGGGCAGAAAAUCAACAUGCCCAGCCUCAGCCCAGCUGAGCUGGGGGGAGCCCCCAGCCGCUGGGAUUUGAUGGGCAAAGAGCUGCUGAGACUAAGAGAUAGGCAUGGCAAAGAAUACUGCUUGGGACCAACUCACGAGGAAGCAGUUACAGCCUUGGUUGCCUCCCAGAAGAAACUGUCCUACAAGCAGCUUCCUUUACUGUUGUACCAGGUUACAAGGAAGUUUCGGGAUGAGCCAAGGCCCCGCUUUGGUCUUCUCCGUGGCCGGGAGUUCUAUAUGAAGGACAUGUACACUUUUGACUCCUCUGCUGAGGCUGCCCAGGAGACCUAUGGCCUGGUGUGUGAUGCUUAUUGUAGCCUGUUUGACAGGCUGGGGUUACGAUGGCUGAAAGCCAGGGCAGAUGUGGGCAGCAUCGGGGGCACAAUGUCCCAUGAAUUCCAGCUACCAGUAGAUAUUGGAGAGGACCGGCUUGUAGUCUGUCCUAGCUGCCACUUCUCAGCCAACACAGAGAUACGAGACUUGUCACAAAAAAUCUGCCCUGACUGCCAGGGUCCACUGACAGAAACCAAAGGCAUUGAGGUGGGGCACACAUUCUACCUCGGUACCAAGUACUCCUCCAUUUUCAAUGCCCAGUUUACCAAUGCUCAUGGGGACCCUUUGCUGGCGGAAAUGGGGUGCUAUGGGUUGGGAGUCACUCGGAUCUUGGCUGCUGCCAUUGAAGUUCUCUCGACAGAAGACUGCAUCCGUUGGCCCAGCCUCCUGGCUCCUUACCAAGUCUGCCUCAUCCCCCCUAAGAAGGGCAGUAAGGAGGAGGCAGCCACAGAGAUCAUGGAGCACUUGUAUGAUGACAUCACCGAGGCAGUGGUUCAGCUCCAAGGGGAGGUCCUGCUGGAUGACAGGACCCACCUGACCAUUGGAAACAGACUGAAAGACGCCAACAAGCUUGGCUACCCCUUCGUGAUCAUUGCCGGCAGGAGGGCCCUGGAGGACCCCGCACACUUUGAGGUUUGGUGCCAGAACACUGGUGAGGUGGUCUUCCUCACCAAAGAGGGAGUCAUGGAACUACUGACCGGUGUUCGUGUUGUCUAAGCUCCCAACCACACCUGUCCCCAGGCUUGGUGUCCACUGUAAUGCUGUAGUUCCUCCACUUCUCUCUUGGGUGGUCCUCCAGAAAUGGCUUCUUCUCUGGGCUGGUCAUGCUACCAUGUGCCAUCCUUUUUACACAUAGACACACCUCUCUGUUAGACUGAAAGGUAAGGAAGAGGCCUAUGUCACUCCCUGAGGAAAAGUGAGUUUCCAGGUUUAAGAUGGCCAUGGUUGAAAGCUGGGGGCCAUGCUUCCCCAGGCUCACUCCACAGUCUAACCACGUGCUUUACAUUUCAUUCAGUCCAGAGAGCAGUUCCUUCUCCACUGAGGAACCAAGAGCUCCACAGUCAGGAAUUGGCUGUUAGCUCCCUGGUGACUUGACACACCUGCUCCCCACUGGGGCUCCCAUUUGGACACAGGAGAUGGAAUUAGGUCUGUGAGACCCUGAGUGGCUCCACUAGACACAUGGAUCUGGUGGUUCCUUAUUCCUCUAAACUUCCCAAAAAGUUGUCCCAGCUGCCUGAUGGCCCCAGACUAGCUCCAGAGACUUGACCUUACUGGGUUCAUGCAACACUGAGAUCAUGUUCUACUGAUUGAAUAAAGUCAAGCCUUUGGGAUGA